CAUGACGUCGCACGCACGGCGCCUGUACGCGCAUGGCGUCCGCACGCACGGCGUUGGUGCGUGGGCGCCCAGAGGUUCCGCCUUUCGGCAGUCCCAGUGGAGCUUGCUGGUACUGGCGGGAGUGCGUGUAGUGCGCGAGCGUUGGGCGGCGGAGGCCGGGGAGCGAGGGCCGGCUGUGCCCAUUGCGCGGGGCCCUCCCUGGCGCCCGGCCUUAGGCCGCGGCGAGCGCGCAGGCCGCCAUGUCGUACAUGCUCCCGCACCUGCACAACGGCUGGCAGGUGGACCAGGCCAUCCUGUCGGAGGAGGACCGCGUGGUCGUCAUCCGCUUCGGCCACGACUGGGACCCCACGUGCAUGAAGAUGGACGAGGUCCUGUACAGCAUCGCCGAGAAGAAAUGGCAGACAAUGAGGAAUCUUCCUUAUCUUGUUAUGAGUCCUGUCUGGAUAUCCCAGCGGUUUUAAAGAACAAGCACAUCAUGAUUGACCUGGGGACUGGCAACAACAACAAGAUUAACUGGGCCAUGGAGGACAAGCAGGAGAUGGUCGACAUCAUCGAGACAGUGUACCGCGGGGCCCGCAAAGGCCGCGGCCUGGUGGUGUCCCCCAAGGACUACUCCACCAAGUACCGAUACUGAGGCGCCCUCAGUCUGUGCGGUCAGUGUUGUGUAGCCUUUUUCGUGCAGAAAUGUUUUAAGUUAUUUAAAGCCUUUGGAGCUCCAGGGCUGGAGGACCUCUGAGAUGGAAUUCAUUCCGUGGCCUUAACUAACUGAAAUGAACAAGCACGUGAGAGGAGCAGUCCUACUUGUUUGUUCUUGGGAAACUCAAAUAGAUGACUGAUUUUCUGAGUCAAAGUUAAUUCUUAUCCUUGGAGUAAAAUGAAGGUAUUUAUCCAUUGA